AUGCGUUGCGGCCCUCGAAACCAGACACCCUCCCAUCGUUUUCUGCAAAUAAAUGGAGUUGAUUUUACACCAGAUUCUACCUUCAAACCAGACGCUUAAUUAAGUCAUCCAUUCAUUUUCGCCUUUCAAGAAUUUCGGUUGCCGGAAAUUUGAUCACAGGAGUUGAUUAUGGUGGAAAACGGGCACGGGCAUGGACACGGACACGGACACCAUCACCCACCAUCCGCGGCGCCUCCGCCGUCCAUCAUCCACCCGCCGUUGGGUGCUGCUAGAGGACCUGCUUUUCCACCCUCCGAACAGCUUCUCCAGCUAAACUACUGCAUCCAUUCCAAUCCUUCAUGGGGUCAAACUGUUUUGCUGGCAUUCCAACAUUAUAUUGUGAUGCUUGGAAGUGUUGUUAUGAUCGCUACCAUGCUUGUACCUCAAAUGGGUGGUAAUCAUGGUGAUAAGGCUCGUGUAAUUCAAGCUACACUCUUUAUGUCUGGAUUGAAUACCCUUUUACAAACUUUAAUCGGUACUAGACUUCCUACGGUCAUGGGACCAUCCUUUGCCUACCUCCUACCCGUGUUGUCAAUCAUAAAUGAUUUUGCAGAUGAAGACUUUCCAUCUGAGCAUCAGAGAUUUCUCCACACUAUGAGGGCUAUUCAAGGAUCCCUAAUAGUAUCUUCAUUCAUCAAUAUAAUUCUUGGAUUUAGUCGGGCGUGGGGAGAUUUUACAAGGCUAUUUAGUCCUGUUAUUAUUGUCGCAUAUAUUUGUGUAGUCGGUCUUGGUUUAUCCGGACGGGGGUUUCCUCAGCUUGGAAAUUGUGUGGAGAUAGGUCUGCCUAUGCUUAUAUUUUUGGUCGUCUUUCAACAGUAUAUGAAGCACCUCCAUAAUAGGGCUCAUCCAAUUCUUGAGAGAUUUGCUUUACUCUUUUGCGUUGCACUUGUGUGGGCUUUUGCUGCUCUACUCACUGUAGCCGGUGCCUAUAACAAUGUUGGUAACAAAACCAAACUUAGUUGCCGGACCGAUCGUUCAUACCUCAUGGAAUCUGCUCCAUGGAUCAAAAUGUCGUAUCCAUUUCAAUGGGGAACUCCUAUAUUUAGAGCAAGUCAUGUUUUUGGUAUGAUGGGGGCGGUUCUUGUUACAACUGUAGAGUCGACAGGAACUUUUAUUGCCGCAUCACGUUUCUCAGGUGCCACACCCCCUCCAGCACAUGUUCUUAGCCGAAGCAUUGGUUUUCAAGGUAUUGGCCAGCUACUUGAUGGGGCAUUCGGUUCAAUAGUUGGGACUACUGCAUCUGUAGAAAAUGUCGGACUUCUUGGUCUAACUCAUGUUGGAAGUCGAAGAGUAGUUCAAGUCUCAGCUGCUUUCAUGUUUUUCUUCUCCAUAUUCGGGAAAUUUGGGGCAUUCUUUGCAUCAAUCCCGUUACCAAUAUUUGCAGCCAUUUAUUGUGUCCUGUAUGGUCUUGUUGCUGCGGUUGGAGUUACAUUUAUUCAAUUCACAAACAAUAAUUCAAUGAGAAACAUCUACAUAUUGGGAUUAUCUUUAUUCUUAGGAAUAUCCAUACCCCAAUAUUUUGUUAUGCACACUGAUCUUGUCACGGGUCGUGGACCUGUAAAUUCUGAUGGUGUUUGGUUCAAUGAUAUAUUGAACACCAUAUUCUCUUCACCUCCGGUGGUGGCAAUGAUAGUGGGGACAAUACUGGACAACACGUUGGAUGCACAUGAUUCACGUGAGGACAGAGGUGUGCCAUGGUGGGUCCCUUUCCAACACAGGAAAGGCGAUAGUAGAAACGAAGAGUUUUAUAGUUUUCCUCUAAGGAUUCAUGAGUAUAUGCCUAAUAGAUAUCUAUGAUUGAUAAUUGAUUUUGUUAUACACGUGCAUUCGUGGACGUAAGUUUUGUUGUAUAUUACUGCAUGGGUAUGGGUAUAUGCAUGGUGGUUAAUUUUUGAAA